CUGCUGGGGGAAUGGGAUGGGGACGCCUGGUCUGGUCUAGGGCUGCGCCUUGACCUUCAGGUGCUGCAGGUUAAUCCCGUUAGCCCCAGGCAGUCACUGUGGAAAUCCCAGCAGAUCCGUGCUGGCUUUGCCGCACUCUGGACCUCUACAGCACCGGCAUGCAGGACCGCCUGUAGACACGCAGGAUGUUUAACUGGGUGGUGAAAGUGGUUCCUCAACCCCCUGGAGCUCCCGGGACAGAUGAAGCUUUUGCUGAGGCCGCCGAAAAAGGAGACGCUAAGAGCCCUCCACCAAAAAACCCAGAAGAGGCUUCAGAGGACAGCCAGGCUCAGAGUGGGGUGUUAGGCUGGCUGUCUAACGGUUUCGUCAGCGCCCUCCCGCAGCCUUCUAACUCCCCUCGACUGAACAGGGCCAACUCUGACGCCAGGUCCAGAGAGGACGGAGAAAGGGCUGGAGUGAUAGGCUGGGUCACUCAGGGUCUGACCAAAGUGCUGCCUCAGCCUGAUGAGAAGUACAAAGAAACCAACGAACCCAGCAACGCCAGCAACGCUAGCAACGCCAUCGAUGAGGAACCCACAGAGGUGUAUGAAACAGCAACAAUGCCAGAUUAUGAUCCCUAUCCACACAUCCCUGUGGUGGAGAUGGUGUCAGAAGACGAGGCGUCGGAAGUGGAGACCUUGACCCCCCAGUUUGCUCCCAACGUGGUGGGCUGGAUAAAGCAGAUGAUCCCUCAGCCGGUGCCCCCUGGUGCUGUGCCCACAGAGCCGUCAAACAAGUCCCCUCGCACCUCCCUGGACAAAGUUCUGUCUCCUCCGCCUGAAUCUCUCAGCGGAAUCUCGCUGGAUACUGACAGCAAGGCGUCCAGCGUGGUCGGCUGGUUUGUGUCAGGACUGGGUCUGAAGAUGCCUCAGCCUGCUCUCCCGCCCAAAGAUGAGCCUGGGGGUGCAGAUGAAGUCCUGCAGAAAGUUUCAACCAAGCUCAAACCUGACAUGGUGCUGGAGGACGUGGAGUCAGACAACGAGGGUCAGCAGAAAAGUGAAGACCACUCGAAAGCUGCAGCGCCAUCCGCAUCCCUGACUCCACCGUCACCCACAGCUCAAGUGACACAGCAGUCACAGUGCAGUUCGGUGCUGUCUCAGACGUGCUGUGACCCCAUCCCAGAGCCACAACCGCAAGAGAGUCCGACCAAAACAUGUCUGGAAGACGCUGAGACCCAGACGGGCCGCUGGACGCCAUUUAUUGAGAGCAUCAAGAGGGAGGCUGAAGACGUGGCUUUAGCUACCAUAGAGGAACGUCUGCUUCAGGAAAGGAUAGAGAUGGCCCGUGUGGCCGAAGAGGUGGCCAGGCACACGGCCGAGAGCGCUAUCAGGCAGAUGGCCAGCGAGGGACACUCCAUCAAACUCUCCCUGGGGAGUCAAGAAAUGCUGGAAGAGCCCGACCCUGAACUGCCAGUGUCACAAGAUGAGGAGAGCGAGGUGGACCACAGUGAAGUCAAAGAAACGGAAGAGAUCGUCACACAGGAGGAGCAGAACGAAGUGACCGAGGAAGCUACCGUGAAGGAACCAGAGCCAAAAGAGGAAGCAGAGCCUCGGCAGACCUCACCCUCUCCAUCCAUCCCAAGUGCUGAGCCAGAGCAACCCGAACCAGAGUCUGAACCAGAGUCUGAACCAGAUUCAGAGCCAGAGCCAGAACCAGAACCAGAACCAGAAACCAAGGCCAAGGAACCCAGUUCAGAAGCUGAACCUGUCACACAGCAGCCACAGAAAGCAGAAGACAAUCAAGACACUAAGGCUGACAAGGCUUCUGAAAAAGAGGAAGAAGCUGCCGGGGACGAAUGCGGGGAGAGCCCCAGCCUCAGCGUCCGUCCGGCUGUUAAUGUAGAGGAUGUCGACUCAGACCAUGAACGAGGAGGAAAACAAGGAGCAGGAGGAGGAGGAGGAGGAGGAGGAGAAGAGGGAGGGGAGGAACAGAGUAAUAUCCCCCAGAUCCUCACCCCUCAGGAUCCCAAACUCACAACUCUCACUGUCCCUGUGACGCCGUCAGGAGGUCGUCAGAGUAAAGGAGAUAAAGAUAGGACGCUACAUUCUCAAAGUGAAGAUGAUGAUGAUGAAGCAAACCUCCCCGUCAGAGCCUGGCCCAGCCAGUCCAGCCUGCACAGCUCAGAGGACUAUCUCAAAGAACGUCCUGCAUCUUCUGCCAGUCAGACCAGUACCGUGGUCAAUGAGCGCCUUCAGGAGCUCGUCAGGAUGUUUAAAGAGAGAACGGAGAAGGCGAAGGAGAAACUCAUUGAUCCGGACAGCUCAGACGAAGACAGCGUCAUCCCCUCUCCCCCUCAGUCCCCUCCUCCUCCUCCUCCUCGUCCUCCCCCUCAGCCGCCCCCUGGAGCUGUGCCGCCGGGUGGGGAAGGGAAGGAGGUGCAGGCAGGCCCAUCAGGAGGAGGAGGUGGAGUGGAGAGUGGGGGUAAGGAGGAGGAGGAGGAGGAGGAGGAGUGGGCCGGCCGCUGCUGCAAGGUGAAAGCUCCUCGGUGGAUGCGAGCGUGUUUCAGCUACCGCUUCCCUGCCAGCAUCGACCCUUUCACCAACCUAAUGUACGUGCUGUGGAUGUUUUUGGUAUCUCUGGCCUGGAACUGGAACGUGUGGUUCAUCCCGGUGCGCUGGGCCUUUCCCUACCAAACGCCAGACAACAUUUACUACUGGCUGGUCACAGACUACCUGUGUGACCUCGUUUACAUCCUGGACAUCACCAUCUUUCAGCCGCGUCUGCAGUUUGUUCGUGGAGGCGACAUAGUGUCUGACAAAAAAGAGAUGAGAAAAAAUUACAUGAAAACCAGACGCUUCAAGUUGGAUGUGGCCAGCCUUGUCCCCCUGGAGCUCUUCUAUUUUAAAACAGGCAUCAACCCUCUGCUCCGAUUACCCCGGCUGCUAAAGAUCAGCUCCUUCUUUGAAUUCAACGAGCGUCUGGAGGCCAUCUUGACCAAAGCCUACAUCUACAGGGUGAUUCGUACCACCACCUAUCUCCUCUACUGUCUCCACUGUAACGCCUGUCUCUACUACUGGGGCUCUGACUUCACAGGACUGGGAUCCACUAAGUGGGUGUACAACGGAGAGGGCAACAGUUACAUUCGCUGUUACUACUUUGCUGUGAAGACCCUGAUCACCAUUGGGGGGCUGCCAGAUCCCACCACCCUGUUUGAGAUUGUCUUCCAACUCAUCAACUACUUUGUGGGAGUCUUUGCCUUCUCUAUCAUGAUUGGACAGAUGCGCGACGUGGUCGGUGCAGCCACAGCAGGUCAAACCUACUACCGCUCAUGCAUGGACAAUACAAUUAAAUACAUGUCCUCCUACCGCAUCCCGAAAGAUGUCCAGAACCGUGUCAAAACCUGGUACAACUACACCUGGCAGUCACAAGGCAUGCUGGACGAACAGGAGCUGCUGACUCAGCUGCCGGAUAAAAUGCGUCUUGACAUAGCUGUAGAUGUCAACUACUCCAUUGUGAGCAAAGUCCCUCUUUUUCAGGGUUGUGACAGACAGAUGAUUUUUGACAUGUUAAAAAGUCUACGCUCUGUCGUCUACCUACCAGGGGAUUAUGUCUGCAAAAAGGGCGAAGUCGGUCGGGAGAUGUACAUCAUAAAGGCAGGGGAGGUGCAGGUGGUUGGAGGACCAGACGGGAGGACGGUGUUUGUCACUCUCAGAGCUGGAUCGGUCUUUGGAGAAAUCAGCUUGCUUGCAGUCGGCGGGGGCAACAGGCGCACGGCCAAUGUGAUCGCUCACGGGUUUGCCAAUCUAUUCAUCCUGGACAAAAAAGACCUGAACGACAUCCUGGUCCACUACCCUGAGUCCAAGAAGCUGCUCCGCAAGAAAGCCAGGAAGAUGCUAACCAAAGGAAAGAAGCCUGAGCCCAAAGAAGAGACUAAGGAACCCCCUCAGCCUGCCCCUGUCAGAGCAGAGACACCCAGACUGCUGAGAGCAGCUCUCGAGAUGACAGAGAAAUCCUCAGGACUUAAAGGAGCUCUGGCCAAAGUCAAAGAGAAGACCACCAAGUCUAACAUCUCACUACAGCCGUCGUUCUCCUCCUCCCUGCCUCCCCCGUCCCCCGCCUCCAGCCCAGGACCCGACAGGGACGGGGACACGCCGUCGCCCAGCUCCGCCAGCUCCGCUACGUUUCACUCGGCGUCCCGAUGCCGCAACUCUGUGAGGCCUCAGUCUGCGUCACAGCGCCACGGCGACACCGCCGACAAAGAGCCCGUCAGCGAAGAUGAAGAGGCCGAGGGGGGCAAGAAGAAGUCGUCAUGAUUUGUUGGAGAAGGUGCGAAAGGUUGAAACAGGAGGAGUGGAAAGGAGGUGUUGUACAAAUGUAACAUCUCACUGUCAGGCUGUUGUGGACAAACUUGUUGCAAAAAUAGUACUGUAUUUCUUGCUGAAGUAAAAAUGAUACCCAUCUUCCACAUUAUAGCCCAACAGACCACUAUCUUGUCACUUUUGUGUCCACUUCAGCUUGUGUGUGUCGUCAUUAAUCUCCUUUUCUAUCGGAUCUACUGUAGAGAAGAAACGAUUCCUUAUGUGCACUUAGUUAACUCAGAUCAGUCUCUUCUACACAACCUGUCUCUCUGCGACAUUCACAAUGAGAACAUGUUUUUGCUGUUGUUGUUCGCCAAAUGUUUACAGACUCUUUUGUAAACUUGAAAGUGCAAUCUGCCUUACGUUUUUGACUUUGUGUUGUGUUGUGUGAGUAGCCCGCUGGUCGUUUCCCGAGCUGGAGUGAAAAUCAGCGCAGACCCUGUAAAGCUGUAAAGCUAGUGAAGGUCUAUGCUUCGUAAAUGUACGAUACAGAUCAUUUUAAUCUAAAUCCAGAUGUUGUAACAUUGAUUUUAUGUCCAUGCAAUUAACAUUAUUUUUACAUACCGUUAAGGAUUGUGUGUUCUUGCAUUAUUUUGUACAAUAAUGUAAAUAUAUUUGGUUCAUUUCUUUUUAAACUUUAGAACACGUCUCAUUUUCUCGCUAAUGUAAAGCCAUUGCGUUGUUUGCUUUGUCACGAGAUGUACAUGCUUUCUAGAGAUGCUAAAUGUUUUAUUUGUGCUUUAUAUUUAUCUACUGAUUACUACAGCCUUAGAAGACGGGCUGACAAACCAGCUAACAUACUGCCAGACAAUCUGUAGAAAGGAAUAUUUUAUGUUCAUAUUUUAUUAUAUGUUCACAGCUGCGGGAAUUAAUUUAUCGGUUAUAUAGCUACGUCUUUUGUGAAUUUUGAUCAAAUAAAUGAUUGUUUUAGCAUAUUUUAACCUCUGUUUCAUGUCACCUGCAACCUGGUUUGAAGGUUGGGGGGAAAAAAAAAAACUGAACAUGCUAACCACAAACCAAAACAGCAAACGUUAAACAGGAAGCAAGACAUUUGCAAUGAAUGUGCUGGUCGGAAAAGUUAACCCCAA